UCGCGCAGAUGUCCACUGCCUGCAUGUACGCGUUGUGAUAAAGUGUAACCCUAUCCGUAAGAGAGAUAAAAGAUUAGCCAUUGAUCGCUGUGCACUAUAGCUCGAUUCAAAUACGUAAAUUGAUUCCGAAAAAAAAAAUAACGAGAAGAAAGGAUUGUGAGGGAGGAGAUGGGCAAACUGCAAGCAUUUCGCAUCGAGUUUGAUCAAUGCGGCGCAAUUUACGCGCCUGGAGAUACGGUUACCGGCAAAGUUAUUCUGAUUCUAACGGGUCCCAAAAACGUGCGCGAAAUUAGAGUAAAAGCCAAGGGCCAGGCAGAGGUCCGCUGGUCGGAGGACCGCACCGUUACGGACAGCCAUGGUAAAAGCCACACGGAAACCGACUACUACACCAACUCAGAAACCUAUUUCAGCAAAAGUUCUACUUUGGUCAGCCCCACAGGUGGAGAAAGUUUAACAGAGAUACCAGCUGGCACGCAUUGCUACCCCUUUAGCUUUCGCAUACCUCCAAAUGUUCCCUGCAGCUUUGAGCACAGUAUCGGACACGUCCGGUACAUCGCUAAGGCCGUACUCGACAGACCUUGGAGAUUCGAUCACAAAACCUUAUCUGCCUUCACCGUCAUUGCCGACUACGAUUUAAAUGCUUAUUUUAAUCUUUCCAGAGGAAUCAACGACGUGAUAGAUCGAGAAUUUCAUUCCUGUCUCUGUUUCGUAAACGCUGGUAAUCUAAAUGCUGCGGUUAAAAGCAGAGUCAAGGGUUUCGUUCCCGGAGAAACGAUUCAGCUGGACGUCAGCUACGACAACAGCUCGAGUUCGGUCGACGUGGACAUGAUGAGACUGUGCUUCUACAAGCGUUUGACGUUCCAUGCGACGACCAAAUCGAAGAGUGACUGGACGGACAUACGAAACGUCAGAGUAGGCGGUCCUUUCCCUAAAAAGGGCGACCAGAGUCUGUGCAUCAAAGUACCCGCUAUACCACCUUCGAAUUUGGAACACUGCUCCAUCAUCGACGUUAACUACGGACUGGAGUUGAAAAUUCACACGUCGGGGAUGCACCGUAAAAUCAAGCGGUAUUAUCCAAUAGUCAUUGGCACGAUACCUCUGUACAAUCGGGGGCCAGCUUUCCUGACCCAACCUUCAGCACCAACGAUCGACCAGGUCGGCGAUUCCGAUACUGAAUCGUUGCCACCGUAUCAGCAAGAGGUCAGAUUACAACCGAUCGGUUUCAUAGGCAUGACUCCGCCACCUUACCCUGACGAAAUGCCGCCGCCUUCGUACGAGGAAUGCAUCGGUGGAAGUAAACUUAUCGGAGAUCCGAACGAAAAGGGAAUGGUUGGAUCCGACUUGCAAUUUGCGCCCAAGUAUCCGGUUUAUAAGUUUCCAAUGCCUAUGCCUCGCCCAACGGAAUAAGCAAAUGAGUGUGCUCGAUUUCAGAAGUUCCUUCACGCAUUUAUCCAGGGGUCUUAUAAGAUUUCUGCUAAUCGUCUACCGCAGGCCAUAAAAUAGCACGAUAAAGUUCAAACCACGCCCGCAUGACUCUUUGUCGUUGAAAUAGAUUCGUAAAGGGCUGAAGGGAGAGUUCGCAAGCAUAUAGUAUACUUUAUGCUAAACCGCGCAUCUGUGAUAACGUAUAAGUAGACUAUAAAGAUCAAAACUCAUUUCGAUGUGCAGCAAAAAUCGCUUCAGAGGGCGUCGCCAUCGCAUGGGUCUUAUUUUAAACUGACGAACUUCUUUUUCACGAGCGAACAAAAAUGAAAAAUCGUUGAAUUUCAAUGUUGCAUUUUGUACUAUUGCCAUAUUCUAUAGAGUUUAAAAUAAAAAAUACUAUUUUAAAA